AGAAAAGGUUUUAAAACGAUUUUACAUGGACAAUGCGCAUCCUUUAAGUACUCCAAUGAUUGUUCGCUCACUUGAAGUGAGUAAAGAUCCGUUCCGACCUCAAAAAGAAAAUGAAGAGCUUCUUGGUCACAAGUACCAUAUAUUAGUGCAAUUAGUGCACUUAUGUAUCUUGCUAACGCUACAAGACCUGACAUAGCGUUCUCUGUUAAUUUGCUAGCAAGAUAUAGCUCUUCUCCUACACGAAGACAUUGGAACGGAGUUAAGCAUAUAUUGCGAUAUCUGAAGGGAACUAGCGAUAUGGGUCUGUUUUAUACUAACAAAGGCUAUCUGUUUACAUGCGGAGGUACUGCUAUAUCAUGGCGAUCCACAAAGCAGUCCAUUGUUGCUACUUCUUCGAAUCAUGCUGAGAUAAUAGCUAUUCAUGAAGCAAGUAGAGAAUGUGUGUGGUUGAGAUCAGUGAUACAUUUCAUCAGAGAAAGAUGUGGCUUGAAAUGUGAUACAAAAUUACCCACAGUAUUAUAUGAAGAUAAUGCUGCAUGCAUAGCUCAAUUAAAAGGAGGAUUUAUAAAAGGAGAUAGAACGAAGCACAUUUCACCAAAGUUAUUUUUCACACAUGAUCUCCAGAAGAAAGGUGAUAUUGAUGUGCAACAAAUUCGUUCAAGUGACAAUCCUGCAUUUGUUCACCAAAUCUUUGCCAACUUCAACUCUUGAGAAGAUGAUAUUUAAGAUUGGAAUGCGAAGACUCCGACAUCUGAAUCUUAGUCUUCGUCAGGGGGAGUGAAAUACGCGUUGUACUCUUUUUCCCUUAAUCAAGUUUUGUCCCAUUGGGUUUUCUUGGUAAGGUUUUUAAUGAGGCAACUCUCAAAGCGUAUUACUAGAUAUGUGUACUCUUUUUCCUUCAUUAAGGCUUUUUCCCACAGGGUUUUUCCCAAUAAGGUUUUUAACGAUGCACAUCAUCUAUGGACAUCCAAGGG